GGAUGAAGCUGUGGCUCCUGGUGGCCGCUCUCUGCGCUGGGAUCCUGGCGGCGGUGCCUGGAGUGGGGGCCCAGCUCAGGGAGAGAGUGACCUGCACGCGCCUUUACGCCGCGGACAUCGUGUUCCUGCUGGAUGGCUCCUCGUCCAUCGGCAGAAGCAACUUCCGUGAAGUGCGCGGCUUCCUGGAGGGGCUGGUGCUGCCUUUCUCCGGGGCCGCCAGUGCGCAGGGCGUGCGCUUCGCAGUGGUGCAGUACAGUGACGACCCGCGGACAGAGUUUGGCCUGGAUGCGCUUGGCUCCGGGGUCGAUGUGAUCCGGGCCAUCCGUGAGCUCAGCUACAAGGGGGGCAACACCCGCACCGGGGCUGCGAUUCUCCACGUGGCUGACCAUGUCUUCCUGCCCCAGCUGGCCCGACCUGGCGUCCCCAAGGUCUGCAUCCUGAUCACAGACGGGAAGUCCCAGGACUUGGUGGACCCGGCCGCUCAGCGGCUGAAGGGGCAGGGGGUCAAGCUGUUUGCUGUGGGGAUCAAGAACGCCGACCCCGAGGAGCUGAAGCGGGUCGCCUCGCAGCCGACCAGCGAUUUCUUCUUCUUCGUCAAUGACUUCAGCAUCCUGAGGACGCUGCUGCCCCUCGUGUCCCGCAGGGUGUGCACGACUGCUGGAGGCGUGCCCGUGACCCUGCCUUGUGAGUCCUGCCCACACCCGUGCCCCGACCUGCACCCCCGCCCCCGGGUUGCUGACGCCAGCCCCCUCAGCAGGACCCCCUGCCCCAACCCUAACCCACCAGGGCUGGGCCAGCCACUGCCGGGCGAGCGGCGAGAGGUGAACGUCCCAGCUGGCGAGACCAGCGUUCGGCUGCAGGGUCUCCGGCCGCUGACCGAGUACCAAGUGACCGUGGUUGCCCUCUACGCCAACAGCAUUGGGGAGGCCGUGAGCGGGACAGCUCGGACCACCGCCUUGGACGGGCCAGAGCUCACUGUCCAGAACACCACAGCCCAGAGCCUCCUGGUGGCCUGGAGGAGGGUGCCCGGUGCCACGGGCUACCGCGUGACCUGGCGGGCGCUCAGUGGCAGAGCUACCCAGCAGCAGGAGCUGGGCCCCGGGCAGGGGUCGCUGUGGCUGCGUGACCUGGAGCCCGGUACAGACUACGAGGUGACCGUGAGCACCCUGAUUGGCCGUAGUGUGGGGCCUGCCACGUCCCUGACUGCCCGCACUGACACUGUCGUCCAGCAGUCCCUGCGCCCCGUCAUCCUGGGCCCCACCUCCAUCCUCCUUUCCUGGAACUUGGUGCCUGAGGCCCGUGGCUACCGGCUGGAGUGGCAGCGUGAGAGUGGUGUGGAGCCCCCUCAGAAGGUGGUGCUGCCCUCGGACGUGACCCGCUACCAGCUGGAUGGGCUGCGGCCGGGCACCAAGUACCGCCUCACUCUCUACACGCUCCUAGAGGGCCGUGAGGUGGCCACACCUGCGACCGUGGUCCCCACUGGACCAGAAGCCCCCGUGGGCCCUGUGACGGACCUACAAGCCACUGAGCUGCCCGGGCAGCGGGUGCGAGUGUCCUGGAGCCCUGUGGCUGGUGCCACGGAGUACCGCCUCACUGUGCGCAGCACCCAGGGGGUGGAGCGCACCCUGCUGCUUCCUGGGAGUCAGACAGCCUUUGACCUGGAUGACGUGCGGGCUGGACUCAGCUACAACGUGCGGGUGUCUGCUCGAGUGGGCACCCGCGAGGGUGGUGCCAGCGUCCUCACUGUCCGCAGGGAGCCGGAAGCCCCCCUUGCUGUCCCAGAGCUGCAGGUCGUGGCCUCAGAUGCAACGCGAGUGAGGGUGGCCUGGGGACCUGUUCCUGGAGCCAGCGGAUUCCGCAUUAGCUGGAGGACGGGCAGUGAUCCGGAGAACAGCCAGACGUUGCCCCCGGGCUCUACUGUCACAGACAUCACGGGGCUGCGGCCUGGAACCUCCUACCAGGUGGCGGUGUCGGCCCUGCGCGGCAGAGAGGAGGGCCGCCCUGGGGUCAUCGUGGCGCAGACUGACCCACUGGGCCCAGUGAGGACGGUCCGUGUGACCCAGGCUGGCAGCUCCUCUGUCACCAUCGCCUGGACCAGGGUUCCUGGCACCACAGGAUACAAGAUUUCCUGGCACUCGGGCCGCGGCCCAGAGAAAUCCCAGUUGGUUUCUGGGGAUGCCACAGUAGCGGAGCUGGACGGGCUGGACCCGGACACUGAGUAUACGGUGUAUGUGAGGGCCCACGUGGCUGGCGUGGAAGGGGCCCCUGCCUCUGUGGUUGCAAGGACUGCCCCUGAGCCCGUGGGAAGAGUAUCCAAGCUGCAGAUCCUCAAUGCUUCCAGCGACGUUCUUCGGGUCACCUGGGUAGGGGUCACUGGAGCCACAGCCUACAGACUGUCCUGGGGCCGGAGUGAAGGUGGCCCCACCAGGCAACAGAUCCUCCCGGGAAAUACAGACUCUGCAGAGAUCCGGGGUCUCGAAGGCGGAGUCAGCUAUUCCGUGCGAGUGACCGCACUUGUUGGGGACCGCGAGGGCUCACCUGUCUCCGUUGUCGUCACCACGCCGCCUGAGGCUCCGCCAGCCCUGGAGACCCUUCAAGUAGUGCAGCGCGGGGAGCACUCGCUGAGGCUGCGCUGGGAGCCCGUGCCCGACGCGCAGGGCUUCCUUCUGCGUUGGCGACCCGAGGGUGGCCAGGAGCAGUCCCGAGUCCUGGGACCUGAGCUCAGCAGCUACCAUCUAGACGGGCUAGAGCCUGGGACACAGUACCACGUGCGGCUGAGCGUCCUGGGGCGCUCUGGAGAAGGGCUCCCCAGGGAAGUCACUGCACGCACUGAGUCCCCUCGUGUCCCGAGCACUGCGCUACGCGUGGUGGACACCUCGAUUGACUCGGUGACUCUGGCCUGGGCCCCUGUGUCUGGGGCAUCCAGCUACAUCCUAUCCUGGCGGCCUCUCAGAGGCCCUGGCCAAGAAAUGCCUGGGGCCCCACAGACACUUCCGGGGAGCUCAAAUUCCCACCAGGUGACAGGGCUAGAGCCUGGUGUCUCCUAUGUCUUCUCCCUGACACCCAUCCGGGGGGGUGUGCCGGGUCCCGAGGACUCUGUCACACAGAAGCCAGCGUGUCCCCGCGGCCUGGUGGAUGUGGUGUUUUUGGUACAUGCCACUAGAGACAAUGUGCACCGGGCGGAGGCUGUGAGACGUGUCCUGGAGCGUCUGGUGUCUGCACUGGGGCCUCUUGGGCCCCAGGGAGCCCAGGUUGGCCUGCUGUCCUACAGUCACCGGUCCUCCCUACUGUUCCCGCUCAAUAGCUCCCAGGAUCUUGGCGUCAUCUCGCAGAAGAUCCGCGACAUGCCCUACAUGGACCCCAGUGGAAACAACCUGGGCACUGCUGUGGUCACGGCUCACAGAUACCUGUUAGCACCGGAUGCUCCUGGGCGCCGCCAGCAGGUGCCAGGGGUGAUGGUUCUGCUGGUGGACGAGCCCUUGAGAGGUGACAUAUUCAGCCCCAUCCGUGAGGCCCAGGCUGCUGGGCUCAGCGUGGUGGUGCUGGGCUUGGCGGGGGCCGACCCAGAGCAGCUGCGGCGCUUGGCACCUGGCAUAGACCCUGUCCAGACCUUCUUUGCUGGGGACGACGGUGCAAGCCUAGACCGGGCAGCCAGUGACGUGGCAGGAGCCCUGUGCCAGGCAGCCUCUGCCUCUCAGCCACGGCCAGAGCCCUGCUCAGUGCGCUGUCCAAAGGGCCAGAAGGGGGAGCCUGGAGAACUGGGCCCGAGAGGACAAGCUGGGCCUCCUGGCUCCCCUGGCCUCCCAGGCAGGACUGGUGCUCCCGGCCCUCAGGGGCCCCCUGGAAGUUCCAUUGCAAAGGGCGAGAGGGGCUUUCCUGGAGCAGAUGGGCCUCCGGGCAGCCCUGGCCGCCCAGGGACCCCUGGGACUCCCGGAGCUCCCGGCCCAAAGGGCUCCCCAGGGUGGCCUGGCCAGCGUGGGGACCCGGGAGAGCGGGGACCUCGAGGCUCAAAGGGGGAGCCGGGGGAACCUGGACAGGUCAUUGGAGGUGAGAGACCAGGGCUUCCUGGACAGAAAGGGGACCUGGGGCCUUCGGGCCCCCCUGGAUCUCGUGGCCUGCCGGGGGACCCAGGACCCCGGGGCCCCCCAGGGCCUCCUGGAAUGGCUGUGAAGGGUGACAAAGGCGAUCGAGGGGAGCGGGGUCCCCCUGGACCAGGUGAUGGUAGCACUGCUCCCGGGGAGCCCGGGCUGCCGGGUCUUCCCGGAGGCCCUGGCCCGCAAGGCCCAGCUGGUCCUCGUGGCAUGAAAGGAGACAAGGGUGACUGUGAGGAUGGAGCCCCGGGCCUCCCAGGACAGCCCGGGGUCCCCGGUCAGCAGGGCCCAAGGGGACUUCCAGGAGCCACUGGCCCCAAAGGUGACCGGGGGCCGACCGGGGCUCUGGGCGAGACUGGAGAGAAGGGCGAACGCGGACCCCCCGGCCCCGUGGGGCCCCAGGGGCUGCCGGGGGCUGCCGGCCGUCCUGGAGCCGAGGGUCCUGAAGGGCCUCCAGGACCCGCUGGCCGCCGAGGAGAGAAGGGAGAGCCUGGUCGCCCUGGGGACCCUGCAACUGUGGGACCUGCUGGCGCCGGCGCCAAGGGAGAGAAAGGAGAUGUGGGACCCACCGGGCCCCGAGGAGCCACCGGGGUCAGAGGGGAGCAGGGCCCACCCGGGUUGACAGUACCUGGAGACCCUGGCCCCAAGGGAGACCCAGGAGACCGGGGCCCCAUUGGCCUCACUGGCAGACCGGGACCCCCGGGUGACUCGGGGCCUCCUGGAGAGAAGGGAGACCCUGGGCGGCCUGGUCCCCCGGGAGCAGCCGGGCCCCGCGGACGAGAUGGUGAAGCCGGAGAGAAAGGGGACGAUGGGCUUCCGGGUGACCCCGGUGUGCCAGGAAAAGCGGGCGAGCGUGGCCUUCGGGGGGUGCCUGGAGUUCGGGGGCCUGUGGGUGAGAAGGGGGACCAGGGCGAUCCUGGAGAGGACGGUCGAAAUGGCAACCCGGGACCGUCUGGACCCAAGGGCGACCGAGGGGAGCCUGGCCCCCCGGGACUCCCUGGACGGUCGGUGGACACAGGCCUUGGAGCCAGAGAGAAGGGAGAGCCUGGGGACCGCGGACAGGAGGGUCCCCGAGGACCCAAGGGUGACCCCGGCCCACCUGGAGCCUCUGGGGAGAGGGGCAUCGACGGGCUGCGGGGGCCCCCAGGCCCGCAGGGGGACCCAGGUGUCCGGGGCCCGGCAGGAGAGAAGGGUGACCGGGGCCCUCCUGGGCUGGAUGGCCGGAGCGGUCUGGACGGCAAACCAGGAGCCCCGGGCCCCCCCGGGCUGAGUGGUGCUGCAGGCAAAGCCGGGGAGCCGGGCAGAGAUGGGCUUCCAGGCCUCCGAGGAGAACACGGGCCCUCCGGUCCCCCGGGCCCCCCUGGAACACCAGGAAAGCCGGGAGAAGACGGCAAACCCGGCCUGAAUGGGAAAAACGGAGAAGCUGGAGACCCUGGAGAGGACGGGAGGAAGGGAGAGAAGGGAGACUCAGGCGCCCCUGGGAGAGAGGGUCCCGAUGGCCCCAAGGGAGAGCGCGGAGCUCCUGGUAGCCCUGGCCCCCAGGGCCCUCCGGGCCUCCCAGGACAGGUCGGCCCCCCUGGCCAGGGUUUUCCUGGUGUCCCAGGAAGUGUGGGCCCUAAGGGUGACCGUGGGGAGACUGGAUCCAAGGGGGAACAGGGCCUCCCUGGGGAGCGUGGCCUGAGAGGAGAACCAGGGAGUGCACCGAACGUGGAGCGGCUGCUGGACUCUGUCGGCAUCAAGACGUCUGCCCUGCGGGAGAUUGUGGAGACCUGGGACGAGAGCUCGGGCGGCCUCCUGCCUCUGCCCGAGCGGCGGCGGGGGCCCAAGGGGGACCUGGGCGAGCGCGGUCCCCCAGGCAAGGAGGGUCCCAUCGGCUUUCCUGGAGAACGUGGACUGAAGGGAGAUCGUGGAGACCCUGGCCCUCAGGGGCCGCCUGGCCUGGCCCUUGGAGAGAGGGGCACCCCUGGACCUCCCGGCCUUGCUGGGGAGCCUGGAAAGCCCGGUAUUCCUGGGCUUCCAGGCCCGGCUGGGAGUGCCGGGGAGGCAGGAAGGCCAGGAGAGAGGGGAGAACGAGGAGAGAAAGGCGAACGAGGGGAACAGGGCAGAGACGGCCCCCCUGGACCUCCUGGCCCCCCCGGCCCCAAGGUGGCUGUAGAUGAGCCAGGUCUCAGACUCCCUGGAGAACAAGGACCCCCAGGACCCAAGGGCACUAAGGGAGAGGCAGGCAGUGACGGUGACCGAGGCCCUAAAGGAGACAGGGGUGUACCAGGCAUCAAGGGAGACCGGGGAGAGCCUGGACAGAGGGGCCCUGACGGCAACCCGGGCCUGCCAGGGGAGCGUGGUGUGGCGGGCCCCGAAGGGAAGCCUGGUCUGCAGGGUCCGAGGGGGGCCCCUGGCCCAGCGGGUGGCCAUGGAGACCCCGGACCGCCUGGUGCCCCGGGUCUUGCUGGCCCUGCGGGACCCCAGGGACCUUCGGGCCUGAAGGGGGAGCCUGGAGAGACAGGACCCCCAGGACGGGGCCUGCCGGGACCGACCGGAGCCGUGGGAUUGCCUGGCCCCCCUGGCCCUUCGGGCCUCGUGGGUCCACAGGGGUCGCCAGGUUUGCCUGGGCAAGUGGGGGAGACCGGCAAGCCGGGAGCCCCAGGUCGUGAUGGUACCAGCGGAAAGGACGGAGAUAGAGGUGGCCCUGGGGUGCCGGGGUCACCAGGCCUGCCCGGCCCUGUCGGACCUAAAGGAGAACCUGGACCCAUGGGGGCUCCUGGACAGGCUGUGGUCGGGCCCCCUGGAGCAAAGGGAGAGAAGGGAGCCCCCGGCCAUGCUGGAGACCUGGUGGGUGAGCCGGGAGCCAAGGGUGACCGAGGCCUGCCAGGGCCACGGGGCGAGAAGGGAGAAGCUGGUCGUGCCGGGGAGCCUGGAGACCCCGGGGAAGAUGGUCAGAAAGGCGCUCCGGGACUCAGAGGUUACAAGGGUGAGCCAGGAGUUGGGGUGCAGGGCCCCCCUGGCCCAGCUGGUCCUCCUGGCGUGAAGGGAGACCCGGGCCCUCCUGGCCCAGGAGGUGCUCCCGGUCUUGUUGGGUUUCCUGGUCAAACGGGCCCUCGAGGAGAGGUGGGCCAGCCAGGCCCCAGCGGAGAACGGGGCCUGGCAGGCCUCCCAGGAAGAGAAGGAGCCCCAGGCCCCAUGGGGCCACCAGGAGCCCCAGGGGCAGUGGGAGCCCCUGGGGCCUCUGGACUCAAAGGAGACAAGGGAGACCCUGGAGCAGGCCAGCCUGGGCCCCGAGGCGAGCGUGGGGAACCAGGAGCCCGGGGUGAAGAUGGCCGCCCCGGCCAGGAAGGCCCCCGAGGACUUGUGGGGCCCCCGGGCAGCCGGGGGGAGCGCGGAGAGAAGGGUGACGCAGGAACUGCAGGGCUCAAAGGUGACAAGGGAGACUCGGCUGUGAUUGAGGGGCCUCCGGGGCCACGGGGUGCUAAGGGGGACAUGGGCGAGCGCGGGCCUCGGGGCAUGGACGGUGAGAAAGGACCUCGGGGCGACAGUGGGAGCCCUGGCGACAAGGCACUCGUGUCCACACGGGUCUGUGUGCGGCGGGGUGCUGGCUGCAGGGGGGCCGUGGGCUGUGUGUGCCGCAUACCAGCCGUGCUGAAGGACCCCAACCUGUGCUCCCCACAGGGCGAGCCUGGCGACGCAGGGAUCCCUGGUGACCCGGGACCUCCAGGAAAGGACGGAGUCCCUGGCGUCCGGGGAGACAAAGGCGACUCUGGCUUCAUGGGCCCCCGGGGCCUCAAGGGCGAGCGGGGCGUGAAGGGAGCCUGCGGCCUCGAUGGAGAGAAGGGAGACAAGGGAGAAGCUGGACUCCCGGGCCGCCCCGGGCUGGCAGGACGCAGAGGAGAGACGGGGGAGCCGGGAGUGCCGGGCCAGUCUGGGGCCCCGGGCAAGGAGGGCCUGAUCGGUCCCAAGGGUGACCGAGGCUUUGACGGGCAGCCAGGACCCAAGGGUGACCAGGGCGAGAAAGGGGAGCGGGGGUCCCCGGGAAUUGGGGGCUUCCCAGGUCCCAGGGGCAACGAUGGCUCUAGCGGCCCUCCAGGGCCCCCUGGCAGUGUUGGUCCCAAAGGCCCUGAGGGACUUCAGGGUCAGAAGGGUGAGCGAGGCCCUCCUGGAGAGAGAGUGGUGGGGGCCCCCGGGGCCCCUGGGGCCCCCGGUGAGCGAGGGGAGCAGGGGCGGCCAGGACCUCCUGGCCUCCGUGGCGAGAAGGGAGAGGCUGCCCUGACGGAGGGUGACAUCCGGGCCUUUGUGCGUCAGGAGAUGAGUCAGCACUGCGCCUGCCAGGGCCAGUUCAUCGCAUCUGGGUCACGACCCCUCCCCAGCUACGCUGCAGACACAGCCGGCUCCCAACUCCACCGCGUGCCCGUGCUGCGGGUCUCUCAUGCAGAAGAAGACCUGCUGCCUCCCGAGGACGACGAGUUCUCCGAGUACUCUGAGUACUCCGUGGAGGAGUACCAGGACCCUGAGGCUCCAGGGCACGGUGGUGACCCCUGCUCCCUGCCGCUGGACGAGGGCUCCUGUACCGCCUAUACCCUGCGCUGGUACCACCGAGCUGGGCCGGAUGGCACUGAGGCCUGUCGCCCCUUUGUCUAUGGUGGCUGCGGAGGGAAUGCCAACCGCUUCGGGACCCAAGAGGCCUGUGAGCGCCACUGCUCACCCCAGGUGGCCCAGAGCCAGGGAACAGGUGCUGCCCAGAGCUGAGGCCCAGAUGACGAGCUGAGGUCAGCGUCCCCUGGAGGGGCCGGGCGCUCGGCCGCCCCUGCUGUCCCACCCCUUGGUGCUAGAGGCCCGUGUGCACGUGAGCACGCGUGUGCGUGUCCGUUAUUUCAGUGAUUUGUCCCUUGGGUCUGGCCUCACCCCCUGUGGACAAGCCCCCAUUGUGGUUCCUGCUGCUCACCGCCCAGGCGGGUGACUCGCCGCGGGGGGGCGGCUGUGGGCCAAGCGGAUGUGACUGGCGUCUCACCCGCCCCUUGACCCACGCCUGUGACGACACGGUGCUGCUUCUGGGGGCAUUAAAGCUGCUGUUUGAAAAGGCCCCUGUGUGACUGUUUGGGGAGAUGGUGGUGUUGCGGACAGAGUUUCCUUGGGGGGUCAUGAGUAUAGCAUCCCUCUGCCCACCCCGGUCACUGCCCUGUGACCUUAGUCCCCAACUUGUCCCCGGAGGACAGAGAUAGGGUGUGGGCCGGGAAUAUGUCCUUGCUGACCCCCAGGAGGGGUGAGUCAUAGAUGGGGGGACCAUGCCCCAGCUCCUGCCAGGAGGCCGAGGGAGAUAAAUGGGCCCCGUGGGGCAUUGGCUCAGACACGGGACGCACUGCCU